AUGCUCAAUCUGGAGGGCCGUUCUCUCCGCUUGGCCAUCACAGUCACCGCUGGCAGUGCUUACCUCCUCUUCGGCUAUGAUCAGGGUGUUUUGGGAGGCCUUGUAUCAAAUGCCAGCUUUCUGAGUGCCAUAGGAAAUCCUAGCUCUGGAUAUCUAGGGACUAUUGUCGCACUUUUCAACAUUGGCUGCCUGAUUGGCUGCGUUAUCUCGGCGGUAUUUGGAAAUAAACUGGGCCGCAAAUCAGUCAUCACUCUAGGAUGUGUGAUAAUGAUUAUCGGUGGAUCAAUCCAAGCCAGUGCGUAUGGAGCAGGCCAGCUUAUUGCUGGGCGGAUUAUCUCUGGCAUUGGGAAUGGAAUGAACACCUCUACAGUGCCGGUUUACGUAUCUGAAGCAUCUCGCAAUUCAGUACGCGGACGUUCACUGGCCAUCCAGAUGUCAAUCGUCAUUUUUGGUACGGUUAUUGCUUACUGGCUGGACUAUGGCAUUAUAAGAGGACAGACAGGCGAACUUGUUUGGCGUUUUCCCAUUGCGUUCCAGAACUUUUUCGCCUUGGUCACGAUUAUAUUCAUGCCACUCAUUCCAGAAUCGCCAAGAUGGCUCUAUGCAAAAGGCGACCAGGCGGGCUCGAUCAAGGCCCUUUCCCGUCUCCUUGGUCUACCAGAAACCCAUCCAGAAAUCCAAAAUGUCGUUGCUGAGAUGAAUGAAGCGGUAGCAUUGGAGCGGGACACGAACUCCAGGUUGAAUAUUUGGAACAUAAUGAGAGAAAAAACAGAAUUAAAAAAUCCUCGCCGCCUCUUUCUUUGUUUCACCCUUCAGUUCUUUCAGCAAUUUACGGGCAUCAAUUUGAUCGCAUUUUACGGUAGGAUUGGAACCACACCCCUCACUCAGAUGAAACUCAAUUCUGACGAAACAGUCACCAUCGUGCUUGAAACAAACGUCGGCUUGUCAACGGAACUCAGUAGCCUGGUAGCAGGACUUAUCCAAAUUGCCUUCUGGGUUGGGACAUUCCCACCGAUCUUUUUAAUUGACCGACUCGGUCGUCGAAAGGUCCUGAUGUUAGGAUCCACGAUGCUCUGUCUUUCCAUGACGCUUUUCACAGUCGGAGUUGCAAUGGGGACACCAUCAUCGUCUAAGCUAGCCCUUGGCAUGUUGAUAAUCUUCGAGAUCUCGUUCGGUAUGAGCUGGAACUCGGUACCCUGGCUCUAUGCCCCGGAGAUCACACCUCUGAAUCUCCGCCAUGUUGGAGCUGCAGUCGGAUGUUUUUCAGAAUGGCUAUUCACAUUUGUAAUCGCACAAAUGAGCCCACCCGCUAUUGCUAAUACUGGGUGGAGGAUUUACAUUCUUUUCUGCAUCAUGAAUGCAUUAAGCAUUCCAUUUGUGUAUUUUGUUUUACCAGAGACCAGUGGAAAAUCAUUGGAAGAAAUCGAUUAUAUCUUUGUCAAGCACCGAGGACAUAUCAACGAGCUAUCUGAUAUCUCCGAAUCAACUUCAGGGGACAUCCGGCAGAAAGGCGAAGGUCAAGCGACACAGGUGGAGAGAGCCUAG